GAGCACGACUGCGCGCUUGCCAUUGCAAAACGUGCAAUGAGAGUGCCAACGCCAAGUUUGCAGACACAUUGACCAGUACCAACGUACACACGUACGUACAUGUACUGUGUAUGCCAUUUCGUUAUGUUAGGUGACCAGUGUUGUUGACUGCUUGCUCCUUGUCCAAAUUGGGUAGUUGUUUUGUUUCGAAAUAAAGAUGCCACCAACUGUGUCGGAGGAAGACUGCAGCGUCAGUGGAUCUGGCGUGGCGGCAGCCCUCGAGCAGACACUGAAGGAGCGCAUCAUGAUCUUUGAUGGAGGGAUGGGUACUAUGAUUCAGGCCCUUCAUUUCAGUGAAGAGGACUUUCGAGGAGAGAUGUUCAGGGAUCAUUCCAAGCCCCUGAAAGGAAACAAUGACCUGCUCGUCUUCACUCAGCCAGACGCCAUCUACAAGAUACACAAGGAUUACUUGGAGGCUGGGGCAGAUUUUGUGGAAACCAACACCUUCAGUGGCACAAAGGUUGCGCAAGCUGAUUAUGGUGUGGAACACUUGACGUACAGACUGAAUAAAGUGGCUGCAGAGCUUGCCAAGCGGGCAACCAAAGACGUGACCAAGGCCACAGGCAUUCCUCGAUACGUGGCUGGUGCCAUGGGUCCAACCAACCGAACACUUUCCAUCUCGCCUUCGGUGGAACAACCAGAUUUCAGAAACAUAACAUUUGACGAGCUAGUGGACGCCUAUUCGGAGCAAGCCAGGGGUUUAUUAGAUGGUGGUGCUGAUGUGCUGCUGGUUGAGACCAUCUUUGACACCCUGAACUCCAAGGCAGCCCUCUACGCCAUACAGCUGCUCUUUGAAAAUGAAUAUAAGCCGAUUCCAAUAUUUAUUUCGGGCACUAUCGUUGAUAAGAGCGGUCGCACUCUGUCCGGACAGACUGGUGAUGCCUUUGUCAUCAGUGUCUCCCAUAGCAACCCCAUGUGUCUGGGUCUCAACUGUGCCUUAGGUGCCACUGAAAUGAGGCCGUUCAUCGAGGCCAUUGGGAUGUGCACACCAUCAUACGUCAUUUGUUACCCCAAUGCUGGGCUCCCAAACACAUUCGGCGACUACGACGAAACGCCGGAGGACAUGUCUGGCCACUUGGCCAGUUUUGCUCAGGACGGACUGGUCAAUAUUGUCGGAGGUUGCUGUGGCACCACACCAGCGCACAUCAAGGCCAUCGCCGAUGCUGUCAGACCUUACAAACCUAGGAUCCCACCUGUGGAGGUCCAUCCAGAGGCUCAGCUCCUUUCAGGUCUGGAACCCAUGAUCCUCAGCAAGCACACCCUAUUUGUCAACAUUGGUGAGAGGUGCAAUGUGGCCGGCUCCAGGAAGUUUGCCCGGCUGAUCACCAAUGGUCAAUAUGAGGAAGCUUUGAGCAUAGCCAAGGCCCAGGUAGAAGCAGGAGCGCAGGUACUAGACAUCAACAUGGACGAGGGCAUGCUGGACGGCGUCAAGGCCAUGACCAAGUUUGUGAACCUCAUCUCGUCAGAGCCGGACAUCUCCAGGGUGCCUCUCUGCAUUGAUUCCUCCAAGUUUAAGGUGAUAGAAGCAGGGCUCAAGUGCACCCAGGGCAAGUGCAUCGUGAACAGUAUCAGUCUGAAGGAAGGGGAGGAAGAUUUCCUGGAGAAGGCCCGGACCAUCAGGAGGCAUGGAGCUGCCGUGGUUGUCAUGGCUUUUGAUGAAGUCGGACAGGCUGUUGAAAUUGACCGGAAACUGGAGAUCUGCACCCGAUCCUACAAUCUUCUUGUUCAGAAGCUGAAUUUCAACCCCAACGAUAUCAUCUUCGACCCGAACAUUCUGACGAUAGCAACAGGCAUGGAGGAGCACAACGAAUACGGAAUCAACUACAUCAGGGCCACCGAGCUCAUCAAGAAAUGCCUUCCUGGAUGUCGGAUCAGUGGGGGCUUGUCUAACCUUUCCUUUUCGUUCCGUGGCAAGGAGAAAGUUCGUGAAGCCAUGCACAGUGUUUUUCUGUACCACGCCAUUAAGGCUGGUAUGGACAUGGGCAUAGUCAAUGCGGGAAAUCUACCAUUGUAUGAUGACAUCGAACCUAAGCUUCUCAAGCUGUGCGAGGAGCUGCUCUGGAAUAAAGACGCUGAUGCCACAGAGAAGCUCUUGGAGUAUGCCCAGACAGUGGGUAAAGAUGCCAAGAAGGGGGCAGAAGACGAGGGCUGGAGAAACAACCCUGUGGAGGAACGCCUGGAGUACUCGUUAGUCAAGGGUAUCGACAAGUUUGUUGUGGCAGACACUGAGGAAGCCAGACAGAACAAAGAGCUGUACCCACGACCUCUGAAUGUGAUUGAAGGGCCCCUCAUGAAGGGCAUGAGUGUGGUCGGGGACCUGUUUGGAGCCGGUAAGAUGUUCCUACCUCAGGUCAUCAAGUCUGCCCGGGUCAUGAAGAAGGCAGUGGGUCACCUUAUCCCCUUCAUGGAAAGGGAGAAGGAGCUAAGCCAGCAGAGAAUUAAAGAAGAGACAGGCAAAGUUGUGCUGGAGGAUCAAUACAGUGGCACUGUAGUGAUUGCCACCGUCAAGGGAGACGUCCACGACAUCGGCAAGAACAUAGUCGCUGUAGUGCUGGGAUGCAACAACUACCGGGUCAUUGACCUUGGGGUUAUGACCCCGUGUGACAAAAUUCUCCAGACGGCCAUCGAGGCUAAAGCAGACAUUGUUGGCCUGUCUGGCCUCAUCACGCCUUCACUUGAUGAAAUGAUACACGUUGCUAAGGAGAUGGAGCGUCUUGGAUUCAAGCUGCCACUUCUGAUAGGUGGAGCGACCACCUCCAAGACGCACACAGCUGUCAAGAUAGCUCCAUGCUACUCGGCCCCUACUAUCCACGUACUGGAUGCUUCAAAGAGUGUGGUGGUGUGUUCUUCCCUGAUGGACAGGGACCAAUUUGAAGACUUCACUGAAGAAAUCCGGGAGGAGUAUGAGGAGAUCCGUGAAGAUCACUAUGACUCCUUGAAGGAUCGUCAUUACCUGUCCUUAGAGGAAGCAAGAAAAAAGAAGUUCCUCAUUGAGUGGAACAUAGAACCCAAACCAGUUAUCCCAGCCUUUAUCGGCACCAAGUGCUUCAAGGAUUAUGACCUGACUAGUCUGAUACCCUAUAUCGACUGGAAACCUUUCUUUGAUGUCUGGCAGCUGAGGGGAAAGUAUCCCAACAGGGGAUACCCGAAGAUCUUCAAGGACAAGACUGUAGGGGAGGAAGCAAAGAAGGUAUUCAAUGAGGCUCAGACGAUGCUGAAUAAGAUUAUUGACCAGAAGCUUUUACGGGCCUCGGGGGUGAUGUGCAUCUAUCCAGCCCACAGUGUGGGAGAUGACAUCUAUGUCUUCCAUGAGGAGAUUGGUAUGGGGGAGCCCAAGGCUGUGUUUUAUGGACUCAGACAGCAGGCUGAGAAGGACUCGGGAAUGUUGAAGGAGCCCUAUAUGUGCCUGUCUGACUUCAUUGCUCCCAAGGAGUCGGGAAUAACGGACUACGUUGGGGCGUUUGCCGUGUCGGCGGGCUUCGGGUCCCGUGAAUUGUGUGAGAAAUACGAGAAAGAGUUUGAUGACUACAGCGUCAUCAUGGUCAAGGCGCUUGCCGACAGACUAGCUGAGGCUUUUGCUGAGGAGUUGCACAUGAGGUUACGUAAAGAGUUCUGGGGCUACGGCAACCAGGAAAAACUGGAAACCCAGGACCUUCUCAAAGUCAAGUAUGAGGGCAUCAGGCCUGCGCCUGGUUACCCCAGCCAGCGACACACAGAGAAACAAACCAUGUGGGACUUGAUGGACGUGGAGACCAGCUGUGGCAUCAGACUGACCGAAUCCCUCGCCAUGGAGCCCGCUGCCUCUGUCUCUGGACUCUACUUCGCCCACCCCAAGUCCAGUUAUUUUGCUGUGGGAAAGAUCACCAAAGACCAAGUUGAAGACUAUGCUAGCAGGAAACACAUGGACGUGUCCGAUGCUGAGAAAUGGCUAGGUCCCAACUUGGCCUAUGAUACCUCUUGAGGACAAUGAGACUGUCUUCACUGAUCUGAUGUGAGGAAUCGAAUCCAGACCACAGAGCCGUGUAUCACACUGAUGCUGAUUUCUACAUACAGACCGGUUCCUUUCACUGAAAUCAUGAGUGUUACAACAAAGAGUCAACUCAGCAGCAGAGUUAGCUGUGUGUAAGAAGUGACGAGCAAAAUAAUCACAGUGGCUGUGGAAAAAUAUUAGCUUAGCUUGAGCCAAGUUCAGUUGCUGGCCAAAAGUCAACCGCUUGCCGAUUUGGCUUGGUACCAGGAUAUAUUUCGUGCAUCUUUUAUCAGUUAAAAUUGGUGGUUAUCAAAUGACCACUGAUUGAACUUGGCCAUAUCUGCUAAGGCUUUUGCACAAAUUCUAAGCUGACUUUUCCCCCCACCGUUAUUUGCGAGUCUAAUUCACCGAAACACAGCUUGAUAGUAUUACACUAGGAACCUGGAAAUGGAUGACCCAUAGGCGGCCAUUCUACAAAGACCAUGCACUGCAAGAUGGCAGAUGCCAAUUCUCUUGUAACUUACAAAAGGAGAACAUCUCCAACCAGUGGACAAUAGACCGAUUCCGCCCGCUAAGUCAUUUGACCUACAGUGGGUAUCACUUCAAAAGGACAGCUUCUUUUUAAGUGUUGUUUACCAAAAAUGAAGCCAAUUUUUGGUAUAUCACUCACGGGCAUUACUUUGGGUCAAUGACACCUAUGACACACUUUGCCAUGGGGGACACUGUGUUUUGCUGAUAUUUGAUACUCCAGGUCAUGUGACUUAGUGGGUGCGAUCGGUCUAUCACAGCAUCGUAACUGUUUGACCCAGUAACACUCGUAUUACUUAGUAUUACAUUGUAUUUAUUUCCUCAUUAACAUAUACAGCCAUAUACUACGUGGGUAUUUAGGGGGUGGUGUAGGGAGCAGUGAUUAGGGUGGCCAUUCAGGAAUAAGUUGGUAAGAUAAGUAAGUCUUGAUAUUAGAGCUUCAUGUAAACGAAUGAACCAGUAGCUUUCAGCACAAACCAAAUUUUUGUCAGCAUUUAAAUAUUUUAGCGACUUGACUUUUAAAAUUCCCACACGGCCAGUGCCAGAUCCACAGUCAUUUGCUCCUUGCCAGUUUUGGACAAGUUAUCAAACUGGGUUUCUUUAUUACUUGACUUUAUAGUACUAUGUUGUUGGUGGUUUCUACAAACUUUAUUCAUUGCCUUGGGGGUCAGGGAGUACCUGUACGUUCUCCGGGGGGGGGGGGGCCUUGGACUUUUAGCCCUAACUUCGUGUUAUGUGCACAUUUGAACUUCUCAGGUUCAUUUUUUUUUCUUUUGAGAAAUAGAUCAUUGAUAGUUAAACCACUUCCUGCCGGGUGGAUUUUUCUUGAGCG